AUGACGAAUAAUGAUCUUCGACGACGACGUAAAGAAGAUCAAUCGUCUAAACCGGUUGAACAUAAAUCUAAAUAUUCAAAAAAAACUUUUAAACAAUAUGUGAUUAUAUUUGGUAUUCUUAUUAUUUCAUCCGUUCUAUUAUUCACUAUAGUGAAUCAAUUAAAAAAUUUUUUCAUACAUGAUGAAACAUCAUAUGAUAAAUAUUAUCCGUCUGAAAUACUCUAUCUAUUUCGAAAACAUGAUCGAGAUAAUGAUAAUUAUUUAUCCUUGGAUGAAUUUGAACCUAUUGCUAGUCAAUUAGGUCAAAAAAAAGUUCCAACUGAUUAUAUUCAACCAAUAUUAAAUACGGAUCAAUUAAUAACAAUAAAUGCUUUUUUUGAACCAUUAAAUUUUUCAACAAUGACUAAAGAUUUUCGUCAUACAUAUCUUACUAAUUUAGAUGAAUUUCAAUCAUUAAAAUUAUGGAAACAACCUUAUAUUCCUCGUUUAAAUUUUGCUGCACGUCAUUUUAAAUCAUUUUUACCAAAAAAACCAAUUGAAAUUGGUAAACCAUAUUGGAUUAUUGAAGGUAAUAAACAACAAUUUGUUGAACAUCUUCCAGCUAAUCGAUAUUAUCCACCGGAUGUUUCACAUGAACAUAUUAUUUUUCAUCGAUUACUAAGCAUGUUUCAUCCACGUCCAUUCAUUUUUACUCGGUUUCCACCACAGGGCACUGUUGCAGUUGUUCGUGCUCGUCAUGGUUCACUUCUUGAUAUUUAUUUUCGAAUUCAUGCAGAAUUUCAACUUAAUACACCACCAUAUCAUCCAUUUUGGUACAUACCAGGUCUAUUUCAAGGUCGUUUAAUAAUACGUGAUGAUGCUUCUGAAUUAACCUAUUUUCAAAUGUAUGUUCCAACCGACAAACGACUAAAUGUUGAUAUGGAAUGGAUAGUAGAACGUGGUGGUCCAUCAACUUCAAUGGAAGUUGAUAUAGGUUAUAUGUCUCAAAUGGAAUUACGUUCAGCCGCUCCAUCAAUUAAUAUGAAUGAAACAGGAAUAACAUCAGAGCAAUUUAUAACAUCAAUGAAUGAAAGUUUAUAUAGCAGUUUAUUAAAAUCAUUUAACACGAUCGAUGACAAUUUCGAGAAUGAAAAAGAAAUAUUUGAUUUACUUGAAAGGAAAUUUUACCCAUUUAAAGAAAUUCCAUAUUAUGAAUAUCGUCAAGCAUUUAAAAAAGCUGAAGAAACGAAUAAAUUAGUUCAUAUAAUUGUUCUUUGGGUUCUCGAAAGUUCGGCCGUUUUAAAUUUAUUGCGUGAAUACUUUGUAUCAACAUGGGCAUUAGUUGUCGAUUUAAAAGCAAUCAUAUCAAAUCAAACAAAUGAUGCGAUUAAAGAUUCUCAACGUGCUAAGCAAGCUCUUGAUAAUUACGCUUUUCCAGUUGAAUCACUUAUACAAAAAAUUGAUGGUACUGUUAUCAGUAAACUUAAUGCAAAUGAUUUAUUAGAUACACCUUCAAAAACGGAAGAAUUUCUUAAUAAGGAUAUAACAAUACAACGAUAUGUUCAUUUUUUAGAAGAAGCCCUUAAUCGACAAAAAUAA